AUGUCUGAAUAUCCUCAUAUCCUUCUUCGCGCUGAGGAGAAGCCUCUCGAGCACCGAUCUUUCUCCCCCCGCAGUUAUCAAGACACUCAAUAUGAAGCUGCUGGUGCUCGCCUUGUCGACACGGGUGUCUGGCCCAACGCUGAGCCUGGGACAAUCGUUCUCGGAUUGAAGGAGAUUCCUGAGGAGGAUUUCCCUCUGAAGAAUGAUCACAUCACAUUUGCCCACUGCUACAAAAACCAAGGAGGCUGGGAGAAGGUUCUCGGUCGUUGGUCUCGCGGCGGGUCUACUCUGUAUGACUUGGAGUUUUUGCAUGACGCUGAAGGCCGACGUGUUUCUGCGUAA